AUGGCGCGCCGGCAGAAGGGGAAGGCGGCGGCCGCGGGCAAGCGCAGGGCUCCCGCCGCGCUGCCCAGCCCGGCCUCCUCCUCGGAGGACGAGGCGGACGAGGCCCCGGAGGAGGUGCCCUUCGGCGUGGCGAGGGAGGCGGCCGAGGCCGAGCGGAAGCUCGUGGGGGAGGCGGCCCGGAGGCACCGGGAGCUGCUGAAGGAGAAGCGGCGGCGGCACCAGGAGCUGUUCGCGGAGCAGAAGAAGCGCAAGCUGCUGCCCGAGGCCGUGCUGCAGGAGCUGCAGGAGCUGCAGGAGCUGCAGGAUGUGUCCGCGCGGCCCGCUGAGCAGGCUGUGGCAGAUGACUCAGUCACUCUAGAUGAAGAACUUGAAGCUGAGGCUGUACAGCUGGACCAAGGCCAGGCUGAGAGCCAAGACCAAGUCGAAGUGCAGGAGAAAAAAGGCAAGAAGAGCAAGGGUGCCAGGACAAAAGGGAACUACAUGGCUGUGUGCUUGAAAGACCACAGUGUAACAGGCCUCCACCAACAGCUCGCCAAAGACUUCCUAAAUGCUCAGCUCUAUGGGCCACACACCAACCGUGUCCAGGCAAAUGAAUUUUUUUCCCUUGCAAACAAGAAAGACCCAGUCAAAAAAGCUGCAGUUCAGUUUGUGGACAAGUCUUGGGGGAAAGAUAAAAAGGAAAAAGCAGAAAGGUUUAAGAAACGUUGGCUGGCAACACAGAUCAAAAACGGACUCUGAAGACAGCUUUUUCAGAAGAUGCUGCUGAGGACUUUUACCACAGCACAGGUGUUCUUUCCCCCUUCAUCAUCACUUUGCUUUCAGUUCCAGGCACAGAGCUGUGCCUGCUCAGACUUCCCCAUUCUUUCCUCUCCCCUUUUCAGAAGUUCUUGGGGAAGCUACAGAGCAGCCAGGCCAGUGUUGUAGAACUGCUGGUGCUAGGACCAGGCUUGCUGAGCUGCCUCCAUGAGGCAAUACCUUUGCAGACAAUAAAGAUGAGCAAUGUUGUA